CCCAACUCCUCAACCCCGCCAUAAUUACCCACUCUACAUUACAAUCAUCACCAACAACAACUAAAAAUGUGGCAACCCACCCGCCGCGCAAUCCACACUCGCGCCGCCCCCUCCCCACCACCCUUUCUCUCCCAAGCCAUCGUCGCCAACAACACCGUCCACUGCUCCGGCCAAAUCGGCGUCGAUCCCGCCACCGGGGAGAUCGUGAAGGGAUCGGUCCAGGCGCGAGCUAAACAAAUCCUCCGCAACCUCCGCGCCGUCCUGGAAGCAGCGGGCUCCAGCCUCGACGACGUGGUCAAGGUGAAUAUCUUCCUCACGGAUAUGGGGGAUUUCGGGGCGGUGAAUGAGGUUUAUACUGAGGUUUUCGGGGGGGAGGGGCGGGUUAAGCCUGCUCGUACGUGCGUGGCGGUGAAGUCGUUGCCGAUGGGGACGGAUGUGGAGAUUGAGUGUUCGGCGGUGGUGAGAGAUCUCUCUAGCACAAGGGGGGCGAAGUUGUGAACCCUAACCUACAGUCUUGGACUAUAUCACUAUAUCUCAUUUGCUGGGUGGGGUGGCUUAUAUACUGAUGUACGGGUAGAAGGGAGAGUAUCGGUGAUGGACUGUACUGUACAUUCUAUAAGUCAAGUAAAAGUGAUCUUUGAUUGGG